CGGAAGGACUUCACCGUUUCCGGGCAGGUUCCACACACCGCGGGCACGGAAGUCACGUCAGACCUCCCGACCUGCAGCCGUUUGGGCUCUUCCGGGAAGCUAGGCGGAAGGAGGAGGGAAAGAAGAAGGCGCGACCCGCCUCUUGUCUCGCGAGAAUACGAGUACCCUUCCGCGAGCGCCGAGGGCUUCUUUUUUAAUUAGCAAAUGUAAUUCCGGGGUGCGGAAGUGGGCUCGUGGCGCCGCCCUUAUCGUCCACAAAGUCAAUUCCCCUCCCACACCGCGAGCCAGGCCCGCGGCCUCGAUGGCAGGCCGGCCGGGACACGAAGCCCAAACGGCCCUGGCCCUGGCCCAGACCCACUUCGACAAGGGAGAGUUUGCCGAGGCCGAAGCGCUGUACUCGGCCUACAUCCUCCAGUGCGCAAGCGCGGCACCCGCCACUGGCGAGGGUCGCGGGAGCAAAUGCAGCCCCGAGGAUUUGGCUACUGCGUAUAACAACAGGGGGCAAAUCAAGUACUUCAGGGUUGACUUUUAUGAAGCCAUGGGUGAUUACACAGCUGCCAUAGGAGUGCAACCCAAUUUUGAAGUUCCGUAUUACAACAGAGGGCUGAUACUCUAUAGGCUGGGAUAUUUUGAUGAUGCUUUGGAAGAUUUUAAGAAGGUACUAGACUUAAAUCCUGGAUUUCAAGAUGCUGCUUUGAGUUUAAAACAGACUAUCCUAGACAAAGAAGAAAAACAGAGAAGAAAUAUGGAAAAUAAUUAUUGAAAUUUUUAAUUUAAUUGAAAUAUUAACUCAUGGUCCUUAUACUGAUUGGCUCAAAUUUAAAGUAAGUGCUGAGCUAUUUUAAUUUAUAUUUAAGAUAAAGGAAUUCAUGAACUAGCAUUAAGGUUAAAUAAUACAUUUAAGGUUGUUAAUUUCAGGUUGAGAAAUUAUGUCAAAUACUUUGCCUCUUAUAAAGUAUAAGUAAAUCAUAUUAAUGUAUAAACAUAUAUUAUUACAGUAAAAUACCUCAA